ACCUUUGUCAAGUUCUGCACUUUCAUUGAAACGUCUUGUUGUUUCCCAGGCUAGGAAAUAAGUUCACAGGCUUUAUUUGAGCUUUGGAAGACAAGAGGGCACCACCAGAAGAUAAAAGCCGAGAAGUUCUCUUUGGAUUUCCCUGGAAGUCGAGUGGGACCCGCCAAAAAUUGAGGGGGGAAGUAUACAUUUUAGAGCAGUGAGCCAUCGAAUAAAAAAAAAAAGGCUGCAGUAGCAACCGAGUUAGAAGCGUGCAACAUUGUUGCAGGGAGGUUGGGACUGCGCCGACAAGGGAAUAGCACACUGCAAUGCUUAACUGGAAACCAUUUUAUCAGACUUUUCUAUUGUAAAGUUUUCUCAAAUUCAAUCUCUGGUGUUUAACGGGAAUAUAACAAUAUUUUUGAAAAAAGGAUACAUAAAUAAAGUAAAAAAAUAUGCCGGACCAAAUUACAGUUUCGGAGUUCGUGGCGGAGACAAAUGAAGAUUACAAAGCGCCGACGGCUUCAAACUUCACCACCAGAAUGUCCCACUGUAGGAAUACCGUGACUGCUUUGGAGGAGGCGCUGGAUGUGGACCGCAGCGUGCUGUACAAGAUGAAGAAGUCCGUCAAGGCCAUCUACACCUCGGGUCUGGCCCAUGUGGAGAAUGAGGAGCAGUACACCCAGGCUCUGGAGAAGUUUGGGGAGAACUGUGUCUACAGGGACGACCCCGACCUGGGUUCUGCCUUCCUCAAGUUCUCGGUCUUCACCAAGGAGCUCACCGCCCUCUUCAAAAACCUGUUCCAGAACAUGAACAACAUCAUCACCUUCCCUCUGGACAGCCUGCUGAAAGGAGACCUGAAAGGAGUCAAAGGGGACCUGAAAAAGCCAUUUGAUAAGUCCUGGAAAGACUAUGAAACAAAAGUAACUAAGAUCGAGAAGGAGAAGAAGGAGCACGCGCGGCAGCACGGCAUGAUCCGCACGGAGAUCAGCGGGGCGGAGAUCGCAGAGGAGAUGGAGAAGGAGAGGAGGUUCUUCCAGCUGCAGAUGUGUGAGUAUCUUCUCAAAGUGAAUGAGAUCAAGAUCAAGAAAGGGGUGGACCUACUCCAGAAUCUCAUCAAAUAUUUCCACGCACAGUGCAAUUUUUUUCAGGACGGGCUGAAAGCAGUAGACAACCUCAAACCAUCCAUAGAGAAACUAGCCACAGACUUACACACGAUAAAGCAGGCCCAGGACGAGGAGAGGAAGCAGCUCACUCAGCUACGGGACGUCCUCAAGUCAGCGCUGCAGGUGGAGCAGAAGGAGUCUAGGAGAGAUUCCCAGGUGCGACAGAGCGCUACCUACAGUUUGCACCAGCCGCAGGGAAACAAGGAGCACGGUACUGAGCGCUGUGGGAACCUCUACAAGAAGAGUGACGGGAUAAGGAAAGUGUGGCAGAAGAGAAAGUGUUCAGUGAAGAAUGGAUACCUCACCAUAUCACAUGGGACGGCGAACCGACCGCCGGCCAAACUCAACCUCCUCACCUGUCAGGUGAAACAUAACCCAGAAGAGAAGAAGAGCUUUGACCUCAUCUCACAUGACAGAACCUAUCACUUUCAGGCCGAGGACGACCCAGAAUGUCAGAUAUGGAUCUCUGUGCUGCAGAACAGCAAGGAGGAAGCGCUGAAUAAUGCCUUUAAGGGGGACCAGCACGUUGGAGAGAACAACAUAGUCCAGGAACUGACCAAGGCCAUCCUGGGAGAGGUCAAGAGGAUGACCGGCAACGACAUCUGCUGCGACUGCGGCGCUCCCAACCCUACCUGGCUCUCCACUAACCUGGGCAUCCUGACCUGUAUUGAGUGUUCUGGGAUCCACAGGGAGCUGGGAGUCCAUUACUCUAGGAUCCAGUCCCUCACAUUGGAUGUACUCAGCACCUCUGAACUCUUGCUGGCCAAGAACGUGGGGAAUGCAGGCUUUAACGACAUCAUGGAGGCGUGUCUAUCUGCGGAAGAUGUGGUCAAACCCAACCCUGCCAGUGACAUGCAAGCCCGUAAGGACUUCAUCACAGCCAAGUACACCGAGAAGCGUUUCGCCAGGAGGAAGUGUCCAGACGGGGUGUCCAAGCUGCACACCCUGUGUGACGCGGUCAAGGCCCGGGACAUCUUCUCUCUGAUCCAGGUGUACGCUGAGGGAGUUGACCUGAUGGAGCCCAUCCCCCUGGCCAACGGACAUGAACAAGGAGAGACGGCCCUCCACCUAGCGGUCAGACUAGUGGACAGGACCUCGCUCCAUAUCGUCGACUUCCUCACUCAAAACAGUGUGAACCUGGAUAAGCAGACAACCAAAGGCAGCACGGCCCUCCACUACUGCUGCCUGACUGACAACAUGGAGUGUUUGAAACUGCUGCUGCGAGGCAAAGCAUCCAUAGACAUUGCGAAUGAGUCUGGGGAGACGCCGCUGGACAUCGCUAAGAGACUGAAGCACCUGCAGUGUGAGGAGCUGCUGAACACGGCGUUGGCGGGGAAGUUCAACGUCCACGUGCACGUAGAGUACGAGUGGCGUCUGCACCAUGAAGACAUGGACGAGAGUGACGAGGACCUGGAUGAGAAGGUGAGGCCCAGCCCCCACCGGCGAGAGGAACGCCCGGUCAGCUGCUACACCCCUGGCUCCAACUCCCAGCGCCAGCCCAGCCCUGCUUCGUUGGCACGCGACCCUGCCAGCCUGGCCAAGGACAAGCAGCGUGGUGGGUACAUGCCCAACCUGGUCAACAACGAGACCUACGGCACCAUCCUCGACGCCAGCCCCCCCGUGCCCGGGGGGCUCACCCCCACCUCUGCUCCCCCUCUUCCCCCACGGAACAUAGUCCAGUCAUCAGGGUCCUCUGGGUGGAAGCCUGGCUCUAUAGACCUGGGGGUCCGACAGAGGUCCUCCUCAGACCCCCCCAAUAUCCACCCCCCCGUACCCCCCAUGAGGGUCACCUCAACCACGGGUCUUGCUCCUCCGCCUGUGGCCAAGACAGUGAGUAUGAUGGAGGCGAUGAACCAGCAGUCAAAACCAGGGACCGGACAGGGCCACAACAGAGCCCCAACACCUAAGUCUCCUUCUGGCAAUGACAAAAGCUUCAGUAAAGGACCGACUCGAACUGGGUCCAUCGAAAGACCAGCUAAAGAAGUGCCGGGAUAUCCCCACAACUCAGUAGGUCAAUCGCUGCCUCCCGCCCCCAUGCCUAGGAAGACCUAUCCGAAGCAGAGGCCCAAGCGGGUGAAGGCCAUCUACAACUGUAUGGCGGACAAUGCAGACGAGCUGACCUUCUCUGAGGGGGAGGUGAUCGUGGUGGAUGGGGAGGAGGACCAGGAGUGGUGGCUGGGCCACAUCGAAGGAGAACCUAUGAGGAGGGGGGCUUUCCCCGUCACAUUUGUACACUUCAUCAUGGACUGAAGGUCAAAGGUCACCAGAGGUCAACACAGGACCUGGAAUGGAAACCAUGGAAAUGCCCUCCACCUCCCCACAUUUCUGUGGCAAAAUUAUCUUUGUCAUCAUCAAAGCUUGUGCCUGCACCGACACUAAAGAAGAGUGAAGUGUCGCUGCCCAAUGCUUUGGCUAUACAGUCUGUUGCCAUGACAACAGAUACACCCUUUACUCCAGGAAUGUCAUGUGAUGUCAUAUCACUCUUUUUUAGGCCAAGCCUGCAAAGGCUCGUGGGGAAACUGUGUUUUGACUUCUGACACCAUCUGACAUAAAAAAAAAAACGAUGAUUGUAGUAGAUAACCUCUUGCAAUAAAAUGCACUUUCUGCUUAUUUAUCCUGGUCGCGACAUUUAGAGGAUUAUUGACAAAAUGAAGGUUCUGUUAAUAACUAUUUCACUCUGUUGUUUUGUGAAUUGUACAGAAAGUUCUUCAAGGACAGCUGACAGGGACAGUAAUGUGUAUCUUUAGGAUUUCUUUCACUUAUUGUUAAUGUGAAUAUAGUCUAUAUGCUUACAUUCCAUCUCCUUGCAUGGUUAAAAGGUGAACCAUUUCUAAACGCUUAACUGCUUAAUAGGCAAAGGCAUGUCAACUUUAUAGCACUCACAAUGUGGGAAGCAGACUCAGUGGCGGAGUGGUGCCUGGAGAAGUGGGUAUACUAUAAUUUGGCAAAAAAUAAAUCCCAAAGGCCUGCUUGGUGAAGGAAAGGCGCCUGUGUGAAAAACUCUAUGACAAAAAAAUGAUAAAUCCCAUGUUGGUCUUUAACAGUUCAGGAAACCCAACCUGUACUGUGCUAGUAGUCUGAUAGUAGGACUACUAUUGAAACAAAUAAAUUAGGCUGUCAACAGAGUCAGAAAUAUUCAGUCAAACAAAUUCUCUGCAAGUCUCACUUUUUAAUUGAACAUCCAAUUUAGUUGUUUUUCUAAGUCCACAACAGGUGCAUGUCCAGGUGCAUGAAUGGACAUGCACCUAGUUUACAUUAAAUGUAGAGUUUUUUUGGAGGGGAAAGCCUUUCCAUCUAGGCUACAAGAAGGUGAUUAGGCCUAUGAUUAGCUUUGCUAUAUUUUUUCCUGUUCCUUAAUUAUUAAACGUCCAGGUUUCAAACGUCAUAUUAUGGGGCAUGUCUUACAUUCUUAAAAGUAGCCUAUAGUUAAAAUCCCACCACAUAAACAUGGAGGUAAUUAUUUUAUAAAGACAUCCUCAUAUUCCACGCUCCUGUUCUAUUGGUUUUUAAAUCUUUCAUUGUUUAAAUCUUUAGAUCUCCCCAUCUUUCAAAAUGUCUCCGUCUAUGAAGCCGCUCGCAUGUGCAGUGCACAUUUUUAAAACUGCGUUUCCCUGCAAAUUGCGUUUUGGAACAUUUGCGUGUAACCCGACCGCCCACGUGCACAUUACUGCGCUUAAAAUGUGAAGAAAUAAUAGUGAAUCAACGUUUUAAACUAAACAUUCUGAUCGGAUCCAUCAGCCUUAUUAAUUGAUACGGCGUAUACCUUCCACCACACUAGCCUACUUUGAUAUACAUAGUGGGAUUAAGAAAUUGAGGAUACGCAACGCCCACGAAAGAAAGUGGGUGUAAGGCUGCGUAUACCCACCACUACACCACUCGUUAAACUUAAUUAAAAAUGGUGCUAACCCAGUAAUAUGCUAGGAGUCCUCCCCUAUGGGUCAUCCACUGUCCCCAUUUCUAAACAGCCCUUAGUAACAACAGGGGGUUGUCGGGGGUAUAUUUAGGCCUGUAUUUAACUGGGAGAACCCAGGCUCACUAUCCUACUGUGUGCGCUGACCUGCAUGCAUAUCAGUUUGAAACAAUAGAAGUUACUUACAGCACAUCAUCUCCAUGGCCUAGUGUGGUGCUAGAUUUACUGCAUUAGCCCAUCUGACACCUUUUUACUCUGUUUAUAAAAUGCCUCAUUGUUGCACUUCUUACCCUUUUAGCUAUAAUAUCAAUAUCAUCAGUGAAAUGGAUGUUGUGAACUAUCUUCGCUGCAUAGAUCACACUUUUAGUUGUGAACCACCAUCUUUCUGUGGCCAAAAGUAGUGCACUAUUUAGGGAAUAUGAUGCCAUUUGGGACAUAGACAGUGAGAGAGAGCUCUGCAGAGGGGUUUAUGCACCUCAUGGGGCAAGUGCUCCUGUCCUGUGGCUUUUUAAAAAAAAUCUGUAGUAGACAGCAGGCUACCAAAUGGCGCACACAGAGGUACAUGUGGACACACAUGCACAUAGUUGUCAUUGUACUAAAAAUAACUUGUCCUUUGAGGUGACAUUGUAAGGGGGAUGGCAAUACCAAAUGACACACUUGAAAAGGACAAUGCAACUACUUUUACUCACACUUACACACACCUACCAUAGUAUUCAAUCUGAUUCAUAGUGCUCAGCCUAGAAUUCUACCAUAGUCCACAACUAGCUGGGACCAGCAUUAGUUACAGACCACCCUUGUUUUAUAUAUCCUAGGUCCCAUACUGAAGAGUAUGUUUUAAAAUGUAAUAUUCUUACAAAGCAUUUGACGUAAUGUCUGACUUUGGUUGCAGAGCAACUCUUCUCUAUACAUGUUUGAUGUUUUAUCUUAAAUGGGACAUACAGUACUCUCAAUUGUGAAUGAACUACGAUAGACGACGACAAGAGGUGUCGCAUGUAUCUGCCACACCAUGUUAACUCACUGGAAAUAGGAUGGUUCAUCUGUAAAUGUACAUAGAUUCUGUUGAUAUUUAAAUGUGUAAAAUAAGAGAAUGACCUUGGCAGUAACUGUCUUUGAAUGCACUGUGGUGACGUGCUGUUUUCCAGCUGGUGUUCAGUGUGUAGUCUAGUAGUGUACACACAAACCAAGGCUGAGAAGCUAUUCCAUUCACACUCAUUGACUCUGGAUCACAGCAUUGACUCAAACCUAUUGUGCAAAAUAAAUGGGGAAACUGGAAUAAUAAAAUGGAAUAAUUCCCA